AAAGAUAAAGAAGAAGAAAAGAAAAAAGCAAAUUAGCAAUGUCGGCCUUUCUCAAGCUUGAAGAUUCACCUAUGUUUCAAAAGCAGAUAUGGUCUUUGGAGCAUAUGGCUGAUGAUUUGAAAAAUCGCUGUCAAAUACUGUAUAAAGGAAGCAAAAGGUUUAUCCCUUGGAGAAGCAUAUAAUGGAGACAAUAGCUUUGCUGAUUCUUUAGAAGCAUUUGGUGGUGCGAAGGAUGAUCCUUAUAGUUUAUCUAUAGGAGGUUUCCAAGAUCAGCGUCUGGAAUCCAGGGGUGUCUCCUAAGAUCAUUGUUUAGAGGCUGCUUGGAACCUUGGCUUAUGAGAUUUUAAUUUAAUGGAGAUGGCAUAUGGGCCGAUCAUGUCCAAGUUCAUCAAAGCUUUUCGUGAGCUUGCUAGUUAUAAGGAGUUGCUUCGUUCACAAGUGGAGCAUGUGUUAAUUGAUCAGUUAAUGCACUUUAUGAAUGUUGAUUUGCAAGAUGCGAAGGAGUCUCGUCGACGGUUUGACAAAGCUAUAAGUACAUAUGAUCAGGCACGUGAAAAGUUUGUGUCUUUGAAGAAGAAUACGCCAGGAGAUAUUGUUGCUGAGCUAGAAGAGGAUCUACAAAAUUCAAAAUCUUCUUUUGAGAGAAGCCGCUUCAAUUUAGUAAAUGCGCUAAUGAAUAUUGAAGCUAAAAAGAAGUAUGAAUUUCUGGAAUCUAUAAGUGCAAUUAUGGAUAGCCAUCUUAAAUAUUUUAAGUUGGGGUUUGAAUUAUUGAAGCAGUUGGAACCAUUUAUUCACCAGGUAUAUACAUAUGCUCAACAGGCAAAAGAAUUAGCAAAUGCAGAGCAGUGUAGCCUUGAAAAACGUAUUCAAGAAUUUAGGACCCAAGCGGAGAUAGAUAUUAUAAAAGCUUCAAGUAACAUAGAGCCUUCAACAAGUUCUGUCGGCAUUUGUGUUACGGGCAUGAAUUCAGACAAAAAUAUAGAAGCAAUCAUGCAGUCCUCAAGAAAUGGGGAGGUCCAGACAAUCAAACAAGGAUAUUUACUGAAACGUUCUUCAAGUUUGAGGGGAGAUUGGAAGAGGAGGUUCUUUGUACUUGAUAGUCAAGGGACACUAUACUAUUAUAGGAAUAAGGGUAUCAAACCAACGGGUUUUCUCCAUCAUUAUGCUGGUUCAGCUGAAUAUAACAGUGGUGUAUUUGCUAGAUUUCGUGCAAAGUAUAAGACAUCAUCUUGCGAAGACAAUUUGGGUUGUCGUACCGUUGACCUUUGUACUUCAACAAUAAAGAUGGGCGCAGAGGAUACAGAUUUACGGCUUUGUUUUAGGAUCAUAUCUCCGCUGAAGACUUACACAUUGCAGGCUGAAAAUGCGGGAGAUAGAACGGACUGGGUUAAUAAGAUAACUGCUGUUAUUACAUCUCUUUUGAGCUCUCAUAUCAUGCAGCAGCAUGUGGAAAACAACGAUUAUGCUCGCAAAGCUUCUUCUAAUGUUAUGUUACAUAAUAACCUCCAUACUUCAGAGGAUCAAAUAGGCAACAGAGCAGAAUCCGUUUCUGCAGUCCUCAGAGAAAUUCCUGGAAAUGAUGUUUGUGCAGAGUGCAAUGCUCAUGAACCUGAUUGGGCAUCUCUUAACCUCGGCAUAUUAUUAUGCAUCGAAUGCUCUGGUGUUCACCGUAAUCUUGGUGUACAUAUUUCAAAGGUGAGAUCUUUGACAUUAGAUGUCAAAGUGUGGGAACCUUCAAUUGUGGAAUUAUUUUGUACCCUGGGAAAUGCUUAUUGUAACUCUAUAUGGGAAGGUUCACUCCUUAAGAAUGAGAGAGUGGAUGAAUCAAAUGCUAUUAACACAUCAGUAACAAAACCAUGUCCCAAAGAUGCAAUUUGCGAUAAAGAGAAAUAUAUUAAUGCUAAGUAUGUAAACAAACUGCUGGUCAGCAGAGACCCAAUGCAACUUGGAGUGUCUCAAAACUCAAUAAACAUCUGGCAAGCAGUUAAGGCUGAUAAUAUACGAGAAGUAUAUCGUCUCAUUACAGUGUCAGACACCAAUAUGGUAAAUACCACCUUUGAUGAUGUUUUCAGCGUUGAGUGGUAUCACCAUGUUGAUGCUCAAAACUCGUCAAUUGAUAUCCAAAAUGAGCACUUGAUACAGAAUGAUCCAUCAGCCUGUCAGAGAAUCAAGAAUUCAAAUGACCCGGGGAGUUGUCUACAAGGUUGUUCACUGUUGCAUCUGGCUUGCCAACGUAGCAACCCUGUAAUGGUUGAGUUGUUGCUGCAGUUUGGUGCCGAUAUAAAUAUGCGCGAUUACCAUGGCAGGACUCCUUUGCACCAUUGCAUUGCUAUAGGCAAGAACCCGUUGGCAAAGCAUCUACUAAAAAGAGGUGCACGGUCUUCAAUUAGGGAUGGUGGGGGAUUUAGUGCAUUAGAUAGGGCUAUGGAGAAGGGAGCAAUUACAGAUGAGGGGCUACUUAUUUUGCUCAGUGAAAGCGAUUGAAGAAAACUCGGUUUCCUCUUAUUUGUAAGCUUGCUUUUUUUUUCAUGAUUUCCACUUAUGUCGGCAGUUGUUGCCUAUUUGCCUAAUAAGAGUCUGCUAUUAUCUUCUAAGUUGUCAACAUUUCGAAUUGUUUCUCCUCUAUAUUUAAAAGAAGAAUCCCACGACUGGUGAGUGUUGGAAA